GUGUGUGAGAGAGAGAGUGUGUGUGUGUGUGUGUGUGUGUGAGAGAGAGAGGGAGUGUGUGUGAGAGAGAGAGAGUGUGUGUGUGUGUGUGUGUGUGUGAGGGAGGAUGGCCGGUUGUCGCUGAGCGCGCGCUGAUGUCCGCAGCAUGGAGAAACGGUGUCUCGUGACGGCGGCGAGCUUCUGCAUGAGUGUCCUCGCGCUCGCGCUGCUGCUCACCGCGCUCUUCACGGAGCACUGGUACGAAACGGACACGCGCAGGCACAAGCGGAACUGCGACCGCUACGGAGCCGAGUCCAACGACCAGAAGAACCGGGAGAUGCCCAUCUACCACCUGCCGCUGGUGGACAGCACCGGCAGCGGGGGCGGCGGCGGGGGCGCGCGCCGGAGCAGCGUGGCGCUCAUGAAGCCGAUUCACGUCGGCAGUCGCGAGGAGGAGCUGCUGGAGAACUGGAGGGCGAUCCUGGGCAUGGGCAUCCUGGAGACCGAGUGCGGCCGCCCGCUCUUCCCCACACACUCCGGCCUGUGGAGGAAAUGCUACUUCCGGGGCGUGGACCCGGACAUCGACCGGCUCAUUUCAAAGGGUAUUGCAGAUCGCUGCACUGCAGUUAAAUAUCAUUUCUCCCAACCGAUUCGACUCAGGAACAUCCCGCUGAACCUGACCAGAACCAUCCAGCAGGAUGAGUGGCACCUCUUACAUCUGAGGAGAAUAACAGCGGGCUUUAUGGGAAUGGCUGCUGCUGUACUACUCUGUGGCUCCAUUGUCUCUGCAGUUGGAUUUUUCUGGGAAGAGAAACUCACACAGCAUGUAUCAGGACUACUGUUCCUAAUGUCAGGGAUCUUCUGCACCAUCUCCUUGUGCACCUACGCUUCCAGCGUGACCUAUGACCUCUCCCGGAACCCUCCCUUUAUCUACGGUCUCCCAGGCGACGUGGACCAUGGAUUUGGUUGGUCGGUGUUGUGUGGGUGGGCGUGUCUCGGGCUGACGGCAGCAUGCGGCUGCAUCAGUACCGCCUCCCCCUUCAUCACACGCCACAAAAACACACACACCUCUGCUGUGUGAGAGCGCUCAACAGCUACUGAUGGACUCAACCACACACACACACACACACACGUUAUUACUGUACACCAUAUUUUUUGGACUAGACGUUACUCUGGGGUGUAAGACCCUCCCAUCCCAUGUCCCUUUAAUAGGGGUGGAGCUUCAUUGUAAUCAACCAAUCACAGACUUGAUCAUGUGACACUCCACAAUUAUAGUAUUAUAGUUCAACACUACACUGUAUGUGUGUAUAUUUAGGUUGUUGAUUGUGAAAUAUGAUCGGUCGUUGUCUGGUUAAACCCCACCCCAUCAUCCCAGCCACCCAUCUCCAUACACACACAUAAGGACUGUUCCAUGAGCACAGUGAUGGUGGUCACAGGUGUGUGUGUGUGAAUAUUGUGUAAUAUGGAGCUCAGAUGAACAGAGUCACAGAACCUGAACACAGUGUUAAUGAGGAGUCUAAGAACCUGCACUAAUUACAGCUCGUUAGUGACAUUAAGGAUGGAGCGAUGAGGUGAACACACAGAACUCAGCAUUAUUAUUGUUGUUGCUGUUGCAGUAAUAAUAAUAAUUAAUAAUGCUGAUGAUUUCCUUGUGGCUGUUAAACACUCUGUGUGUUCCUGAGUG